AUUUUCAAGUGAGUAGCUAUCUUGUAUAGUAGAUUGCUAGACAUGUUUUAACAUUAGGGAACUUUAAAAUUUGACAAAAGGGACUAGUAACACCCCCAAGAUGGCAAUGCUACAUAUGCACCUAUGUACAGCUGUUAUUUAGCCUUUAUUGCCACAAACUAGGCAUCAUAGCUAUGCAUGAUGAGAGAUCCUUAUUUCAAUUAAUCUCAUUUUACUUACUGUUUAAUUACUCCUGACCCCACUCAUGGACAUUAACUCAGUUAUCCAAUCAGUUAUAAUAAUUACAUUGCUAUAAAGUGGGUUAAGAAAUAGCUUUUGCAAGAUAUUAAAGGUUUUAGGAUGCGUAUAAGCAAACCAAUGAAAUUCGACUAAAGAUUUCCAUUUCGGAGGAAGCAUUAUUACACGUUCUAGAUUGAAAUAACUCAAAAGAGCCAUCUUUAACAUUGAAAGGGUUACUGGUCGUCUAAUGAGAAACAAAAAUCAAGAGAAAGAAAUAUGUUGUUUUAUUCACACAUUUGAUUUAUAAUCUAUCCUAUUUCAGCCGUAGCUUGAAUUUCUCUGUUAUCGGAUUUGGAGCUGCUUCUUUUGCUACUAAAGGUGUAUUUCACUGGAUUCCCACCCUAAUGGAGAGAGUCAACACAGAGCAACAGCCAAAUGGCAUCCUUGGUAUCAGUUUGGAUCACAACAUGCUAUAUGAAUUAGGCAAAUGCCUGUCUGUUGUGAUUGGAAUUAUGUUGGGCACAGUGAUCUGUUCUAAUCGUCGAAAAGCGAAUCCACGAGCAGAUCCGAAACUGUGCACCAUUGUACUUCUGCUGGCUGUUCCCCUUCUCUACUUGAGCAUUUUCCUUAUAAGGAUAAAUCUCAUUGCAGCCCAAGUUUUGCUCUUUUUAAGUGGGAUUUGUCUGUCUGUGAACCAGGUCCCUAUAAACGAAAUCAUACUGACGACAGCACUUCCAACCCGCUUUGGUUGGGCAUUUUCUGAAAAGUCAACUGUGGAAUCGGUAAUGGCAGAUAAAGGGGUUAAAUACCUCAUGCAAUGGAUUUUUGAAAGACUAAAUAGAGCCAGACCAUACAUGUCCCAGUACAGUACAGAGAUAGUUCUCAUGAUUUGCUCAUCCGUGGCUUUGAUCGGAGUUGUCUUGUUUGUAAUGACAACUAAAUAUAUUGAAGAAGAUGAGAAAAAAGUGAAGCAAAUUAUGGAUACACCAAAUCCUGUGCAACCUUAGAAGAUACAAUCUUAUCUUAAUCUUAGAAGAUACAGAAGAAGUACAGGCUGAUGGAUACAGAUAUAGUUGACAGCACCUUCUCCUUCAACGUCAGAUUGUAUCCCGACAGCACAAAUAAUUCCCAGGUGCACCUUCUCCGCCAACGUCAGACUGUAUCCCGACAGCACAAAUAAUUCCCAGGUGCACCUUCUCCGCCAACGUCAGAUUGUAUCCCGACAGCACAAAUAAUUCCCAGGUGCACCUUCUCCGCCAAUGUCAGACUGUAUCCCGACAGCACAAAAAAGUUGGCAUCUCAAGAAGUUUCUAUAUAUUGCCAUGCAACUUGAAGCCUUCUCCCUGACCAUGUGCUUUUGAAAAGUAUUCAAUAAAUGAUAAUAAUGGUUUUUAU